GUUCAGACCUGUGUCUGCCGCAUAGCUGAAAUCUCGAUCAACUUCUUCAGUCUGACAUGGCAGAAAAACCAAUGCAUAUGUCCACACAAAUGCCUGAUGAUGAAGAUAUACAAAAAGAAGAUCAUAUCCGUCGCUUAACGAUGCUUGGUCAUUUUGGUUUUGAUUGUUUACCUCAUCAACUGGUGAACAAAUCUGUUCAACAAGGAUUCUUUUUUAAUAUUCUCUGUGUGGGGGAAACUGGAAUUGGAAAAUCAACAUUGAUCGACACACUGUUCAAUACUAAUUUGAAAGACAAAAAAUCCUCACAUUUUUACUCAAAUGUUGGACUUAAAAUUCAGACACAUGAACUUCAGGAAAGCAACGUUCAAUUGAAAUUAACUGUCGUGAAAACAGUGGGGUAUGGAGAUCAAAUAAACAAGGAAGCCAGCUACCAGCCAAUAGUUGACUACAUAGAUGCUCAAUUUGAGUCCUAUCUUCAAGAAGAAUUGAAAAUUAAGCGUUCCUUUGCUGACUACCAUGAUUCCCGUAUCCACGUGUGCCUUUAUUUCAUUUCACCUACAGGACAUUCUCUGAAGUCCCUUGAUCUAUUAACCAUGAAGAACAUUGACAGUAAGGUGAACAUUAUACCACUGAUUGCCAAAGCAGAUGCAAUUUCUAAAAAUGAUUUACAGAAAUUUAAGUGUAAGAUAAUGAGUGAAUUGAUUAGUAAUGGCAUCCAGAUAUACCAGUUCCCAACAGAGGAUGAGGCUACUGCUCAUGUGAACUCCUCAAUGAAUGGACUCUUACCUUUUGCUGUAGUAGGAAGUAUGGAUGAAGUGAAAGUUGGAAAAAGGAUGGUCAGAGGCCGUCAGUACCCUUGGGGAGUUUUACAAGUGGAAAAUGAAAAUCACUGUGACUUUGUUAAGCUCCGGGAUAUGCUUCUUUGUACAAACAUGGAAGACUUGAAAGAACAAACCCACACGCGGCACUAUGAACGUUAUAGGCGCAGCAAACUUCAGAAAAUGGGAUUUACUGAUGUGGGUCCAGACAACGAGCCAGUUAGUUUUCAAGAGAUCUAUGAAGUCAAAAGGCAGGAGUUCUUGGAUCAAUGUCAGAAGGAAGAAGAAGAGUUGAAACAGAAGUUUAUGCAGCGAGUAAAGGAGAAAGAAACAGCAUUUAAAGAAGCUGAAAAAGAGCUGCAGGACAAGUUUGAGCAUCUUAAGAGGGUCCAACAAGAGGAGACAAUGAAACUUGAGGAGGAGAGAAGACAAUUGGAAGAAGAAAUAAUAGAGUUUUAUAAAAUGAAGGCUGCCUCUGGAACAUUGCAGACUCAGGUGUGCACCAACAUAAAGAAGGACAAAGAGCGUAAGAAAUAAUCCUCUCUUACCAUUCUGUAUCACUCUCAAUCUCAUCUUCCCAUGAGAUUUUCCUCAUAGCACUAAUUCUCAUUGAAAUUAUACUAAGUUUCAAAAUCUGUUUGUUUUCUGUGUAUUUUCUCCAACUAGAAUGUGAGCUCCUUGGGAGCAGGUACCUUGACCAUCUCUAGAUGCUCUAUCCUCAGUGUUUAGAAUAAGAGUAGCACAGAAUUGGCACUCAAUAAAUAUUUGCUAAAAUGAAAGAAAAUCAAAGAAUUAUAUAGCACAGUGUACAAAGUGUUUGAUUAGCUGUUGAUAUUCUUUUCCCAUAGCCCUACCUGUGGCUCCAGGGACCAAGUAUAUAUAUAAUAUUUCAUAUCUAAAUAGAAGUAGGGGAUUUGUUGGCAUAAAAUAUUAUGUUAUAAAAGGCUAAUUCUUAUGCUCAUGUUCAUUAUCAAAUUCUACUGAUAAUAAUUUCUUGAUCUUUUUAUUAAAUAAAAGAUUGUUU